AUGGCGACAUUCAGCAGGCUCCUCGACGAUCCAAAGUACUCAGAUCUGGAAAUUGUCUGCGAUGGCCAUGUUUUCCGGGUCCAUAGAAACGUCGUUUGCUCGCAAUCAAGAGUGCUGGAGAGGGAGUGUGACGGCAAUUUCCAGGAAGCCAAUUCACGGAGGAUCGAGCAUACGGUAUUCGAUGCAUACGCCGUGGACCGAAUGCUGCAAUUCCUGUAUCGUGAAGAUUAUGUCCUCUCCACAGAGCUUGUAGGAGCGGCGGUGCCCGACCAGACUUGCCAGACGACCAAUGAUGCUCCACCCGACGCGGAGCGGAAUAUGGAAAUCGACGACCGUGGAAGUGCCGAUGGCCUUUGCAUGGAUCUUAGUCCUUUCUCAUGUCACGUUUAUGUCUACGCGAUCGCAGACUGUGAGCCACUCUUUGAGCAAUGGACCAGGUGACUUGGCUAACAUGCCUUUCAAUCUCAGAUUAUGAGAUACCGGCACUCCAGGCCCUCGCGUUGCAGAAGUUCGCCUGGGAGCGCAGCAAGAUCGAAGGCGUAUCUCCUCUCGAGCUCCUCCAAAUCGCCUCCGUCAUGUACACCAACACGAAUAGUGACGCUUCGCGCCUCCGAGGACAGCUCCUCUCCAUGGCCUACGAGCACCCGGGAGCAUCCUUCAACAACGAACACUUCCUCUCGCAUAUCCAGCAGCGGCCUGAGCUGCAGGCUUUCUGCGCGGACCUCCUUGCCCAUUCUGCCCAGAAAUUCCAGGCCAAGAGGAGUGAGCUUCGCACUCUCAACAGGCAGUUGAACAACGACCUCACAGCCGCACAGGAUAAGGCAAAGAAGCUGAAAUCCGAUCUCAAAAAGGCCGAUGCCAGGGUUUCUGACCUCAAGGCUAGAAACAGAUAG